AUGGGUGAAAUACAGCUUUCAGAUUCUGUUAGUAGAGUUCAGGGACACCUGGAUGUCGAACUGAAUGAAGUAGGGAGACAACAAGCAGCUGCAGUGGCUGAUCGACUCUCUAAAGAGACGGUAAUUUCUGCCGUGUACGCAUCUGAUUUAAAGAGAGCUCUUGAGACUGCUCGUAUUAUAGCAAGCAAAUGUGGUGUGCCUGAGGUUAUACAAGACCCAAAUCUGAGGGAACGACAUCUUGGAGAUCUUCAAGGUUUUGUAUUUCAUAAAGCAGCCAAGCUUAGGCCAGAUGCAUAUCUAGCAUCUCUGUCUGCCAGGACUGAUCAGGAAAUCCCAGGUGGUGGAGAAAGUCUUGACCAACUCUUUAACCGGUGCACAUCUUCAUUGCAGAGUAUUGGUAUGAAGCAUACAGGUGAGAGAGUAGUAGUAGUUACUCAUGGUGGAGUCAUCCGAGCACUUCACAAGCGAGCUGCUCCAACAGAACAGUUGCAGAGGAAGAUUCUUAACGCGUCCGUUAAUCUAUUUCACUUAUCCAAACAAGAAGAAUGGAUCAUAAAAACAUGGGGCGACGUUAACCACCUCAAUAAGACUGGAUUUCUUGAGGCCGAGCUUGGAGGUGACAGCACCAGUAAUUAAAUUCAGACACAAACCCAACCUGUUGAAAAAAUCUUCCUAAAGAAUAUUCCAGCUGAGAGAUUGCAAGCUAUGGUGGGAAGUCUAUUUUCUUCAAAACUAAUGGAGCAUAAUAGUUUUUAGCUGGAAAUUGAAAACUAAUUGGGAUUGGGUUUUAAUUUCAAUGUCUGGGCUGUCAACUUAUCUGAUCAGUGUAUACUAAGGGAGAUUAAUUAUCUUUUAGCUUCUCGAUUUUGUAGUACAAGUGACAUGUUUAUCAGGGACUUGAGAUUUUUA